UGUCACGCACUGACGCUGCUGCUGGCUUUCCGGCCUCCUUCUGGUCCUGGGGGUUGAACUCAGGGCUUUCACGCUGAGCCGCAUCCCCAGCUCUUCUUGUUUUUUAUUGCGGAACCGGUGUCACUAAGUCGCUAAACUGCCCAGGCUGGACUCCAGCUUGUGAUUCUCCGCCUUCACCUUCCGGGUGCGGGUGCGGGGGUUAGAGGUCUAUGGCACCGCAUCCUGCUGGCUGCUAACUUUCUUUUCUUUUCCUUUGCUGUUUCUCACGGUGCUCGGGAGGGAUCUGAAGUCCUGGAUGCCAGGUUAGUGCCGUGCCACUGAGCUACACCCCUGGUCUCUUGCCGGUGUCCUACUCUCUACCUACAGGGGACGCUGUGCUGACUCCUACCUCCGCCAGGGAGAACGCUGGCAAAGGCAGCCCUCUCUCCCACCCUCUGGCUCUGCCAAGUUUGCGCCAAGCCAGCAUUUCCCAGGCGGGACUGCAGCAGUGUGAAUCCCAGUGCAGCCCCUGUGUCGCCUGAUCUGGGAUUCCUCCUACAGCAGCCUUGGGCUCAGGCACCACUGGCCGGCAGCAUGGCCGGAAGUUUCCAGCAUGUACUAGUGGCUGUGCCCAGCUCACCACUUCCUCCUCACCUUCUCCAGGUCAUUUCACGACCUCCCUGCCCACUCCAGGCCCCCUGUAUCCUUCACAAGGAUCUCUUGCAAGUGUGAGCCCAUCAGCACCCGAUUGUCAAGGGGCUUCUAUUUUGUGGAAUAGAACAAUGAAGCUGACAGCCAUACAGUCUCCCAGCUGUCUAUUGUAGGGAAGUGGAGUUCUGUGGUUUGGGAAUCUGAGGGAACACUAGGGCCUGAGUCCUACUCGCCAGUGGCCGUGACCUUUAGAAGUCCCUUCUUCAGCCUGAGCCUUUCCUUGUCAUCUGCUUCCGCCAGGAGUGACUCUGCCCCCAUCCCAGGUGACAUGUGGCAGCUUGUGGGGACACCCUUUUGUCACAGCUGGGAAAAGGGGAUUGGCUGAUACUUGCAUCUGAUGGGUAGAAGCCAAGAUAUUGCCAAAUAUCCUGCAGUGACAAAGAUUUAUGCAGUCUAAAAUGUCCAUGGUGUAAGGCUGAAAAAUCCCGUGUCACACAGCGAUGACAGUGGUAGCAGGUGUGCAGAGCUGUGGUGAGACCCCAGGGAGUCAGGUCGUCACCUCGCCUCACCUCCCUGGGAAUAAACUCCACCCAGCAGAGACCAAUGUUCCGUAUCAUCACUGAGCGCAGCGUGGACAGUGCUGGCACUUUUGCUACCAGUAUUGAGGAUUUUUCCCUGUAUAUUCUCUAGUUUUAAGUUAUAAAAUCUAAUAAUGAGCGAUCAAAUCAAAUUCAUUGUGGACAAUCUCAACAAGGAGCCUUUUAGGAAGAACUAUAAUUUAAUCACCUUUGAUUCCCUGGAUCCGAUGCAGCUGUUACAAGUUCUUAACGAUGUCCUGGCUGAGAUUGACCCAAAGCAAGUUGUUGAUAUCAGAGAGGAGAUGCCAGAACAGACAGCCAAACGGAUGUUGAGCCUUCUUGGUAUCCUUAAAUACAAACCUCCAGGAAAUGCCACAGACAUGAGUACCUUCCGUCAGGGUUUGGUGAUUGGAAGUAAACCUGUGGUUUAUCCAGUGCUUCACUGGCUUCUGCAAAGGACUAAUGAGCUGAAGAAAAGAGCAUAUUUAGCUCGUUUUUUAAUAAAACUUGAGGUACCAAGUGAAUUUCUUCAGGAUGAAAUUGUAGCUGACGCCAAUAAACAGUAUGAAGAAUUGAUGGAAGUCUUUAAAAGUUUGCAUAAAGAAUGUGAACAACUCAAGACAUCUGGAUUUUCUACGGCAGAAAUAAGAAGGGAUAUCAGUGCAAUGGAAGAAGAAAAGGAUCAGCUCAUCAAGAGAGUCGAACGUUUGAAGAAGAGGGUGGAGACAGUUCCGAAUCACCAGCAGAUGCUCAAAAUAGCAAGGCAACUUCGAGUUGAAAAAGAGAGAGAAGAGUGUCUUGCACAACACAAGCAGGAACAAAAGAAUCAGCUGUUUCAUGCAGUGCAGAGACUGCAAAGAGCACAAAACCAGCUGAAGAAUAUGCGCCAUGCUGCAGCAGAUGCAAAGCCCGAAAGUUUAAUGAAGAGGCUAGAGGAGGAGACAAAAUUUAAUUCGUAUAUGGUAACUGAAAAACUCCCCAAGGAAUUAGAGAACAAGAAAAAGGAGUUGCAUUUUUUACAAAAAGUGGUUUCAGAGCCAGCGAUGGGCCAUGCUGAUCUUCUUGAACUUGAAUCCAAAAUAAAUGAAGUAAACACACAGAUCAAUCAACUGAUUGAGAAGAAAAUGAUGAGAAAUGAGCCAAUCGAAGGCAAACUCUCACUAUACAGGCAACAGGCAUCCAUCAUUUCUCGUAAAAAAGAAGCCAAAGCAGAGGAGCUUCAAGAGACUAAGGAGAAGUUAGCCACCCUAGAGGGAGAAGUGUCUGCCAAGAGAAAUCAGAUCCGUGAGUUUGAUGGCACUGAAGUUUUAAAAGGAGAUGAGUUCAAACGAUAUGUCAGUAAACUUCGAAGCAAGAGUACAGUUUUCAAAAAGAAGCAUCAGCUGAUAGCUGAAUUUAAGGCUGAAUUUGGGCUCUUGCAGAGAACAGAAGAACUUCUUAAGCAACGAGAUGAAAAUACUCAGCAUCAGCUGCAAGCCAUGGAGGAGAAAAGGGGCGUAUCUGGGUACAGUUACACCCAGGAAGAGCUGGAAAGGGUGUCGGCCCUGAAGAGUGAAGUCGAUGAGCUGAAGGGACGAACCCUGGAUGACAUGUCCGAAAUGAUAAAAAAGCUGAAUUCCCUGGUAUCUGAAAAGAAGUCGGCCCUCGCCCCAGUUAUAAAAGAACUGCGACAGCUGCGUCAGAAAUGUCAAGCUCUAACCCAGGAAUGUGACGAAAAGAAAUCCCAGUAUGAUAGCUGUGCAGCAGGCCUUGAGAGCAGUCGGUCCAAAUUAGAACAGGAAGUUAGAGGACUACGUGAGGAGUGUCUGCAAGAGGAGAGUAAAUACCACUACGCAAACUGUAUGAUUAAGAACCUGGAAGUUCAGCUUCAUCGAGCUACCGAGGAGAUGAAGGCCUAUGUCUCUUCUGAUCAGCAGGAGAAAAGGAAGGCAAUCAGGGAACAAUACACCAAAAUUAUUGCAGAACAAGAAAACCUUGGAAAGAAACUCCGGGAAAAGCAAAAAGCUGUACGAGAGAGUCAUGGCCCUAACAUGAAACAAGCAAAGAUGUGGCGUGAUUUGGAAAGACUGAUGGAAUGCAAGAAGCAGUGCUUUCUGAAACAACAAAGCCCGGCCUCCAUCGGCCAGCAGGUGUUCCAUAAGUGCUGUCCACGAGGGACUCUGCUGCAUGCUGAAAAUGGACAAGAGAGACAAGGCCUGCUCUGGAGUGUAUCCUGUUCCUCCAAGAGCCCCCGUCAAUGCACAAUAGUCACAGUGGUCCGUAAGCAGCUGAGAUGGCGAUCAGUUGGAAAGAGGUUUGCCAGGACCCGAGGGAAGAAGUUUCCAGACAAAGGCUGAAGUUAGGAGCCCCUUGGAAAGCUCAGCAUUGCACCAACAGGUACUGCAAACCCCAAGCAGACUGGACUGCAGAACUGCUCCAAAGCCAACUGCCUACAGUAAUUUCCAGCUGGAAAAGGUAAUCCUCGAGCCUUUAGGGCUUCUGUUGGUGCCAAAAGAGAUGUGGGAAGGCCCAAGUGGCAAGCAAUGGUGCUGAGCUAGUCUCAGAGGGCACAGCUCUCCAGGACCACACCCUGCCUUAGUCACGUGCCCUAACCAGUUUCCACCUUGCUUCUCCUAGGAAGCGAGUUGCUGCCGUACACUAGAAUUCCUGUUUGUUUCGUGUAGGGUUCUGUUGGUCUUUUUCCAAGUAUCAAUCAAAACUGCACGCCGGCCUCCACUCCUUGGAAAUAAUUAAAUGAAGUGACGUGCCUAAUUUUUUUCCUACCGGGUAAUGCACCGUGAUUUGCAUCAUCUGUUGAAGGAAUCUAUCUUGAGUCCUAAGGCUGAGCCAUGUGGGAUGACUGAGGUGGAAUUUUUUUCCUCCUCUGCUUAUGCUCACGAGGACGGUGCCCUAUGGCCCAAUACACCACCCGGGUGGACAAGACUGCUUUACUCGGCAGCCUAUUCGUCUCAGUGAGCUGCUCCUUUGUAAACAUGCCUCUGAAUUCAAUGCAAAGAAGGUUUCUUCCCUGUGGUAGUUUGACGGCUUUAGAUUGCCAGCGUUAUGACCUAGGUUUUGUGUAAGACCUCAAGGACAGGCGCAAAUACUGGGGUUUAGUAAGAAUAGGUUUUGGAUUUAAGGUUUUCUCCCCUCCCGGGAACCGGGGAGCUGCACACCAGCCUUCAGCUCGACGCCAGAGCCGAGCUCCUCGGAGCACAGGUCUCGGUGCCACUCCGCAGGCACCGCCGCAUAACCUGCGACUUCUAUGCAGACGUGUCACCGGCGGUGUGGGCUAUUACAGAUGAAAUAAAACACCCUCCCUCCGCCGUGGCGCAGAAGCCGCAGGGGUAGGAAGGGCUGGUGCCGGCGUGCGCGGGAGCUCGGGUGUGGGAUGCGGUGUUCCCGAGGCGACAGAUGAGGGAUUUUGGCUGUGUGGGAAGGGAACUGCGGAAUUCCUCCCCUCGGCUCCGGAGGGGGAUUCUCGAGGUGACAGAUCGGGAUGCGGAGCGCGGCCCAGGCUGCCAAGGGCGAAGAGGCGAGUCAAGGACACCACACGGAGGGCGCUUCGGGGACGCCCGGCGUGGACCGUCCCCUCCUCGUCCUCCCAGCCACCACGCGGCCCCGGGCAGACUCCGAGGGCUAGCGGGGCCCACAGGGAAGCGGGUCAGGGAGACCCCCGCGAAUCCCCGAUCCCACGUCUGAGGGUGGGUGGACCGGGCUGGAGAACCGCCCAGGUCGACGACCUCCGCCACUCGCCCUCCGCAAGGCCCCCAGCCGCACCACACACCGCGCGGGCGCCGCACGCAGCGCGCGGCUUCGAUCCGGGUUCCUCGCAGCGGUGCGCGCGAGGGGGCGGGGCCUGCGCGGCGGCGGCGUGGGCGCGCGGGAGGGAGGGCGCCGCGGGGAGGAGGCGGGGCCGCGCCGCCCGCGCCGCGCUGGGCGCUCUCGACCAAUGAGCGGCGUCCACAUGCCGCGGCGGCGGCGAGAGGGGAGGCAGCGACCGAUAAAUGCUAUUAGAGCAGCCGCCGCGGAGCCAUCCCCGACGCCACCUCCUCCUUCUCCGCCGCAGUUUCCUCCGCCGCUGUCGGGGGUGCGGAGCUGAGGGAUCCCGGCCAGUGCGCCGCGCACCUCCCUGCCGGCUCGCUGCCCUUGUUCUGUCCCGCCCCGAGGGUCGCCUGCGCCCCCUCCUCCGGCCCGGGCGGGGCCGCGGAUCGCCUCAGCGGAGCGGGGAGGGGGCUCGGGUGCCGCGCGCGGCCUGCUCUCCCCGUGGGCGGCCGAGGGCUAAGCAGGCCCUCCCUUCUGACGCGGGGAGGGAGGGUCGGGAGCCCGGGGCGGCCGCCGGCGAGGCUCCGGCGCGAGAGGGGCGGUUGUCUGGGGGAGGGGGCGCGGGGUGAUUCAGCGCCCGGCGAGGCCGAAGCGGCGGAAGAGAAGGAGGGAUCGGCGCCUGGGCGUCCGGGUGGCACGAGCCCGCCGCCCGAGAGCGAGGCGGAGACGAGGAGGCCGCGGGGACGGGAGGCGAGGCCGGCCGGGCCCCCGCAGCCAUGGAGAACGCGCACACAAAGACGGUGGAGGA